AUGCAAUUCAGAACUCUGGCUCCACUUGCUUUGGCUUCCGCUGCUUUCGCUGCUUACUCUAACGGCACCGUCUCCACCAUCACCUACGAGACCACCGUUUCUGAGGUCGUUACUGCUUUGACUACCUACUGCCCAGAAGCCACCUCUAUUGUCACCAACGGAGUGACCUACACUGUCACUGGUGCCACCACCUUGACCAUCACCGACUGCCCAUGCACCAAGGAGGAGGUCAUCACCACCACCACCGUCACCACCAUCCCAGCUUCUUCCACUGCUGCUGCUUCUUCUGCCGCUGCUUCCUCUGCCCCAGUCAUCUCCACUGCCGAGAACGCUGGUGCUAAGGUUGGUGCUGCUGGUUUGGCUGCCGUUGCCGGCCGCGCUGACGCUCUGCCUGGCGCUGGCGCCGCAAACCGUGCUGGCCGCGCUGUCGUAUCUCGAGAACGGCAAUUGCGAGAUCCGCCGGUUCCGGAGCGAGACGCUGGUCGUCAUCACACGCGAGGCGCGGUAUCUGGUCGAUCUCGAGCGCCGGUUCUGCUGCUGUCGGGAAAAACUCGAGCAGGACCUUGCCCGGCGCGAGAGCUGGUGCAGCCAUCUGGUCGGCGGCGAGCUAGCCCGAAUACACAGAGAAAAGCUGGUGGCGCAGAAUCUGGUGGCGGAAAGGGACGUGGCGGACCUGGGCGAGUGGGCGCAGCUACAUCUGGAGAGCGUCGUGAGCAUCGCCAAGGGCGCGCCGUAGCGGUACCUACAAUUCUGUGUUUAGGUGUGUAG